AGAUUCAAUUCAUAGAAUGAGUCAACCAAGGAUGGAAGUGUUUGUUUUCUCUUAAUUGACAUUAAAAUGCCAGUCAUGUGAUUGUAAGACUCAAGUUCAGCCUUCUCGGAUCAUAUCAACCAACCUAUCCGAAACCUCUAGCAUGUAAUGAUAAACUAUUCUGGCUUGCAGCAGCUAUAGGCUGUUUCCGUGUGCAGCUUUCAGAAUUAAAUUUCACCAAAAUCUUUUGAAAUUCUACAAUAUCAGGAGCAGAAACAGCUAAAAGAGGUAUUAUCUAUGUGGCUCUACCUGAUUGCCCUGGUAGGGCUUUACAUCCUCUGCCAAUGGUACCGGGAGAGACAGGUGAUGGAGAACCUGACAGAGAAAUACAUCUUCAUCACUGGCUGUGAUUCUGGCUUUGGGAACCAGCUGGCCAGGCAGCUGGAUGCUCAGGGUCUGCGAGUGUUGGCUGCUUGUUUCACUCCAGAAGGUGCAGAACAGCUGGAAAGAGUCACAUCGGCUUGUUUGAAAACCACCCUACUGGAUGUCACCAGCACUGAGAGUGUUGCAGCAGCAACUGAGUGGGUGGAGGAGCAAGUAGGAGACAAAGGUCUCUGGGGCUUGGUGAACAAUGCAGGCAUCGCUUUCCCAUUGGCUCCCAACCAGUGGCUGACCAAGGAUGAUUUUGCAAAGGUGCUGAAUGUCAACCUGCUGGGAGUAGUUGAUGUGACACUCCACUUGCUGCCUCUGAUCAGGAGAGCCAGAGGGAGAGUAGUCAACAUGAGCAGUAUAGCUGGAAGAGUUGCCUAUGGUGGAGGCGGCUACAGCCCUUCAAAAUUUGCAUUGGAAGCCUUCUCUGACAGCCUCCGACGUGAAAUGCAUCCUUUUGGGGUCAAAGUCAGCAUCAUCGAGCCAGGCUCAUUUUUAACAGGACUAGAUAAAUGUGCAGCUGAGUUCUUCAGAACCCUCUGGAGCAACGUACCACCUGAUAUCAAAGAACUGUAUGGCCAGGAAUUCUGGAGCAAAAGAAAUAUCCAGUGCUUGGUGACCAGUACCUUCAGACAAGGAGAUCUGAACUCAUUGGUAGCCUCAGACUACAACUAACAAAGAUACACAUUCAACUUUGCAGCUACUAAGAUUGUUGGAUGAGCAGGCACAAAAAUAGCCAGGGAAAUGAUUGAAGCCUGGGAAACAGGCCCCUCGUCAGUCAACAGGAGUGCUAAUUUACCACCAGCAUAUCAAGUACUUAGAAGGUGAGGGCUGGGCAGCACAAGCAAAUGAUAACCAAUGACUUAAGAGCCAACCAUCAACACACACUAAUCAGCAUCUGAAAACCCACAUACAAUAGCACACACAGAGCAGCUGCUAGAGAGAAAUUCCCUGAAGAUGGACUCCAGCACAUGUCCAAAAGCUGGGAGAUAAAACCUUUGGUCCCGGGUAACUGACUCAGAUUGGAUCCUGCAGUAUCUUCACUGUUUAUCAGUCCCCAAAGUCCUAUGGAAAUAUUGGAGAUAAGACUUUUACAAUCCUAUUUACUUAUCUGUCUAUUAGGCCUUCCACAGAAUCAAUAUGCCUAGCCUAUCAAGAAUAUGUCAGCCCUUUGCGAUGGACCAAAAUCCAAAGUUAUGAAUGCUAAUACUACUUUUAUUAUAAGGUUCCAGGAACAGAAUCUUGCAGAGAUGGAGACCACCACAGUUGAUCAUAAACAUUUAUUUGAAGAUCAGUGAUAGAGCCGUGCCUUAUGAUCCUGACGAUAAAUACACUUUUAGGUUCGUAAGUUAAUUAUUUAUUAAUGUUUUUGCUUCUCAUUGUAAACAUUUUUGUGUCUUCCCAUCUAGUAAGUGACCAUUUUUCCAUAAUGGAUUUCUUCAUUAUUCAGUGAGCUGAGCCAUUCUUUACAAGUCCUUGAUUCCCUUGCCUCCAACAGUUCAUCCAGGUCUUAUAAGCGAAAGAUUUAUAUGAGUUGAAGCAAAACAACACAGUCUAAUAAAAUGUCUGUGGCUAUGGCUCUCUCUCUCUUUUUGUAGCCUCAGAAGUUGUUCAUUUGAAACCAUCAAUAAGUGUGGCUAGCAAUGUUUAUAAAAUAAUAAGUAUAUUCCAACAAAUUAUUGGUUUACCUCAAAAAAUAUGUAAAAUGUAGUCAGCUCCCUUCUCCUCCUCUAUUAAAAUAGGAAUCUAAACCCUGGUUUGGUAGACAGUGUGUUGCAAGGAAAGUAAGGUAACACCCAAAUAUGCUUGACCUUUCUUCUCAGGAAAAUUUUUGUACUCUAAAAAAGAGUUACAAACAAAACUUCUCAAGAAACAGAAGUUAUCAUUAAAGAAAUGGUCUAAGCUCCAGCAGGCUAUAAAAAUAUACUGCAUAUUCCCAUGGCCUUCAAGUACGGUAGUGGUUGCCAUGUUUUGCCACAGAAAAGUCCAAAAAUUUCUGAAAAAUAGUAAAGCCCCUGUCAAAGGCUAAGUUUACCAAAAUGUUUAAAAUUUAAUUCUGCUUAGUGCACAUCUCUACGUGUCCCCCUUUUUGCCAAUCAGAAAUAACGUCUUACAGAUCUUCAAAAAAUAGUUUAAAUCCAUCUACAGAUGAAUUCUACAGAGAAAUUAUUGAGUCUAUCAUCUGCACCUCCAUAACUGUUUGGCUCUGCAACCAAACAAGACAAACAUGUGUAUCUAUACACAAAGGGUGGGUUCUGGCAGUCACUACUGCCAGUUCGCUCGUGGGUGCUCCGUGCGCUUGAUGUGCGCUGUGUGUGCCCAGUACAACAAAAAUUGUUCUGCACAUACACAGAAGCAGAAAACAAGAUGACAGCACCUAAGGUGCCACCCAGAAAACCAGAGAACCAGCGGUUCCAGACACCCAGACUGCCAAACCACUACCGGUUCAUUCAAACUGGUCCAAACCGGUAGGAACUC